UUAUAAUUGUAAGGUUAUGACAUCAUAUAAAUUAUUCAAUGAUGCAGUGCCUAAAGAAACUCUUUUGUGUUAUACAAAUUAAGUCUCAAUAUUAUAAUGCAGUGAAACCAAUAUACAGAAAGAAAGAAUGUACAGUAUUAAAUUUUGACUUUCGAUUUAAACACGACUCUAAUAUAGAAUUAAAAGGCUACGAAGAAAGUGAAGAGGAAAAGGAUAUUUAUUCACAAUUGUCUGAAGAUUAUUUAGGGUCAGCUGCGCUUGGGCAUAGAGUAUUCGUUUUACAGCCUUAUAUAAAAUGGGGCGUUAAUAAGAAAAGAGAAACUACACCAGAAUUACAAUUGAACGAAGCAGUAGCACUUAUUAACACUUUACCAAGAUGGUCUGUAGUUGAUGCUAAAAUUGUACCCUUAUUAACUUUGGAAAAGAAAAAGUUAGUUGGUAAAGGUUCUCUUGAGACUUUGAAAAAGGAUAUUAGAAACUGUGCAAAUGUUACAGCAAUAUUUGUUAGCACAAAUUUAUUGAAGUUUGUACAAAUUCUUGAGUUACAAAAAGCUUUUAAUUUGCCAAUUUAUGAUCGUUACUCUAUAGUUAUUCAUAUUUUUCGUGAACAUGCAAAGACUACAGAAGCAAAAUUACAAGUAGCCUUAGCUGAAAUUCCAUAUAUAAGAAAGAAAAUGAUUGAUUUAUCUAAUUGUCACGGCGGGCGAAUAAAUUUAGAUGAAAAAAGAAAGAAAUUGCUUGAAAGUAGGGAAAAGAAAUUACGAAAUACACUUAAGAAGUUAAGCGAACACAGGAAAAUGAUAAAAAGUCAAAGACGUAGUUAUGGUUUCCCAAGUAUUGCUGUAGUUGGUUAUACAAAUGCUGGGAAAACAUCGCUGAUAAAAGCAUUAACGGGAGAUGCGUCGUUGAAACCUGAAAAUAAAUUAUUUGCUACCUUAGACACAACAGUUCAUCAAGGAUUUCUCCCCAAUAAGUUAAAAGUACUGUACGUCGAUACUAUUGGGUUCAUUCAGGAUGUGCCAGAAACUUUAAUAGAACCAUUUAUAGUAACGUUAGAAGAUGCUAUAAAUGCAGAUAUUAUAAUUCAUGUCUAUGACAUGAGUCAUCCUGAUGUGAAAGCACAAAUUCAACAUGUUAAACAAACAAUACAACCAAUGCUAGAUGAAAGUAAGUUAGUAAUUAAUGUUGCUAAUAAAUGUGAUAUUGCUAGGAAGGAUACGGAUGAAAAAGAGGACAUACCAGAGGAUACAUUUCCUGUCUCUGCUGUUAAAUUGACAGGCAUUGAUCUGUUACGAUUGAAAAUAGAGAAUGAAAUUUUGAGUGCUGCCAAUUUAAUAUCAAAACGUAUUAGAGUACAAGUCGGUGGUACAGUCGCCACAUGGUUGUACAAGGAAACAACAGUUACAAAUGCAGAACCUGACUCAGAGGAUCCACAAUACUUAAUCAUGGAUGUAAUUAUGUCAGAGUCUGCAUUUUACAAAUUGAAGCGAUUAUGCAAAUAA